AUGGAUUUCGAAUUAAUAACAGUCGAACAGUCAUUAGAUCAUCAACAUCGUUCCGAUGACUCUAGUACACUAUCCGAGCACUUUGAGACAAUCCCUACACUUGAUAAUGAUAAAUUCAUAUUGGAAAAGAAACAGCAAAAACGUCUGUAUCCAUGGAUCGAAUCAAUCACGGCACGUAUGGUAGCAUUCGCUAUAUUUGCUAAUAUUUCAUUGAUCGUCGGCGUACUGGUAGUUUACUUUACGGUACCAAGACCAGAUCACACAUGUCAAUUGAAAUUUCAAUCAACAAUCAAAAGUUCACGUAUUCAGAGUUCACAACCACGUACACUUGCUGUUGGUGACUUUGAUAAUAAUCAACAGAUUGAUCUGGUUGUGGCCAAUUCAGGUACAAACACAAUUGUCGUUUUCAUUCUCGAUAUCAAUGCAACUAUCAUCAGUCAACAAACAUAUUCCACAGGUGUACGUUCUCGACCAUGUUCACUUGCUGUUGCUGAUUUCAAUCAAGAUGGUUAUAUUGAUAUUGCUGUGGCGAAUAAUGGAACGAACAACAUCGGAUUAUUCUUCAACAAUCGAAACGGAUCAUUUCUCACUCAACAAACGCUCUCUACUGGUUCUUACCGACCGUCAUUUGUCGCUGUCGCUGAUUUCAAUCAUGACAAUCGUUCGGACAUUGCGGUUGUAUAUUAUGGAACCGAUAACAUUGGUAUUCAUCUAGGAAAUGAAAAUGGAGCAUUCCAAAAUGUGAAAAUCUACAGUACUGGCUACGAUUCAUUUCCGUAUUCAUUAGCAGUUGGUGAUCUGAAUAACGACAAUCAUUUGGACAUUGUCGUGGCAAAUUAUGGUACUAACAAUAUUGGUAUUUUCUUUGGAAACGCAGAUGGAUCUUUUACAAGUCAACAGAUUCAUUCAAUUUCAUCGAAUUCGCGUCCAACAUCGGUCGUACUUGGAGAUCUCAAUCAAGAUCAACAAUUAGACAUAAUUAUUUCUCUUUAUGGGAGUAGUAGUAUUGGCAUAUUGUUCAAUCAAGGUAAUGCGACAUUUAGAAAGCAAACCAUUUACCUAGCAGAUGUUCAGUCUCGUCCACGCUACAUCACUGUGGGAUAUGUGAAUCCAGACAAUUAUCUCGAUGUAGUUGUUGUCGAUUCAGAAAAUGAUCGGAUACAUGUUUUGCCCGGAUUUGGUAAUACAAGUUUUGAUGUAAUAACGACUUAUGAUUCGAUCAGUGGAUCGCAUCCAUCAGUUGUCGUCAUUGCUGAUAUUGAUAAAGACAAUCAAUCUGAUCUGCUUGUCACGAAUUAUGAUACGAACAGCAUAAAUAUACUCUCUGGUUAUUCUAGUCAACCAUCUGUUCGACAAAUGACUUACUUUGUUGGAUACAGUUCUCGUCCAUCAUCAGUUGUUGUUUUUGAUUUUAAUGGAGACGGUAAAUUAGAUGCAGCCGUCAACAAUUUUGGUAGAAGUACCAUACUUGUUUUCAAUGGUAUUGAUAAUGGAAAAUUUAUUACCGGACAAACAUAUCCACUAGAUAGUGGUUCGAGUCCAAAACAUAUAAAUCUCGGCGAUGUCAACAAUGAUGGUCAAAUGGAUAUGAUAGUGACUAAUCUAGCAGCUAGAUCUGUCAGUAUUCUUUUCGGUGCUGAGAAUGGAACAUUUACGGCUGCGACGUCUUACUCAACUGGUACUGGUACUCAACCAUGGCUUACUGCACUUGGCGAUUUUAACAAUGACAAUCGCUUAGAUAUUGUGUCUCCAAACUGGAUUUCCGAUGAUAUGAGUAUAUUUCUAAAUGAUGGCAAUGGAAAUUUCAGCAAUAUGAUCAGAUAUCCGAUCGGUAACGAACUUGAGCCACUUUCGCUUACUGUUGGAAAUUUGAAUAAUGACAGUUAUUCCGAUAUUGUUGUCAGUGCUUCGCAGUCUGGUUCGGUCGGCGUCUUUCUAGGCUAUGGAAAUGGCACGUUUUUGGCGAUGACCACAUAUUCAGGCGAUUGCAUCGGUUAUGCUAUCGUGACUGUUCUUGCUGAUGUAAACCGAGACAAUUAUCAGGACAUCAUUCGUACUUGUUCAGAUGACGGCAAUAUACUUAUUUGCCUCGGAAUUGGUGAUGGUACGUUUCAACCGUGUUUCGCAAUUGCAGGCGGAUCUGAUAGAAGUCCAUUGUACGUGGUUGUUGCUGAUUUGAAUGAUGAUCAGCAUCCUGACAUGGCUGUCACUUGCUCUCUAUCAAGUGAAUUACUCGUAUUUUAUGGAGAUGGUACUGGAAAUUUCACUUUGUCGAGAAUAUACUCAACUGGUGUCGGUACAAAUUCAUAUGCUCUCGCCAUUGCGGAUCUUAACAACGACAAUCGUCUGGAAUACCUAGUCACAUAUUGGGGUACUGGAUAUCUAGCAGUCUUGACGGAAUAUUAUGCUGCGCAGUUUUCCAGAGAGCUUACCUACAGCACAGGAUCUGCCCCACAUCCGCAUUCAUUAGCAACUGGUGACUUCAACAACGACAACCAAACAGAUGUGGUCGUUGCUAAUUCAGAUACAGAUGAUAUCAGUAUCUUGUUUGGUCUCAACAAUGGACUGUUCACUACUCCAAUCACUUAUUCGAUUGGCACUGACAGUUCUCCACAAUAUGUUCUCACGGGUGACAUUGACAGAGACAAUAAUGUAGAUAUCGUCACUGCGAAUUCGAAAGAAAACACACUGAGUGUGAUUAUGAACUACGGAAAUGAAAGUUUUGCUUCACAAAGGAAGUACUCGACUGGAUCGGAUUCAUCACCAUCCAGUGUAAUGAUAGGUGAUGUAAAUAACGAUGGUCGAAAUGAUCUUGUUAUUACAAAUCAACAAAGUGAUAGAAUUGGCAUGUUUAUUGGAUUUGAUUAUGCAUCAUUUCAGAAUCAAAUAACAUAUUCAGUCGCUAAUACCAAACAGUCAACUGGUGUUAUAGUUAGUGACUUUAACAGUGACAAACAUGUUGAUAUUGCUGUAGUUUAUCAGCAGACCAAUCAGUUAGCGAUAUUUCUUGGACAUGGCGAUGGCAGCUUCACGUUUUUCACGCUUUAUUCAACAGGAUCUGGUUCGUCUCCGUAUAUACUUGUUGUUGCUGAUUUUAACAAAGACAAUCGCAUUGACAUAGCCGUCACUUAUUUUGGUGGUGAUGCCGUAGGGAUUUUUAUGGGAGAUGGAAGCGGAAGUUUUUCCAACCAGAUAACAGUACCGACUGGAACCAAUUCCAAACCAAUGGGUUUGGCUACUGGAGAUCUUAACAAUGAUAAUCUAACAGAUAUUGUUUCGGCAAAUCGUGGUACUAGUACUAUAAGUAUUCUAGUUGGAGAUGGCACAGGAAGUUUCGCUCUUCAUGCAACCUAUUCCACUGGAAUAUCAUCAGAACCCUGUGGAGCCGCUAUUGGUGAUCUGAAUAAUGAUGGUCGAAUGGAUAUUGCUGUAUGCAAUUAUAUGACGAGCACUGUGAGUAUUUUUCUCGGAUUUGGUAACGGAAGUUUUCAAAUGGGUAUGCUCUAUUUUACGGGUUAUCAAUCGUGGCCAAUAUCGAUAGUUACAGGUGAUUUCAAUAACGAUAAUCGAUUGGAUGUUUCAGUUACCAAUUAUAAUGGAAAUAACGUUGGAAUUCUUCUCGGAAAAGGUGACGGUAUCCUUAGUAAUGUAAGCGUGUAUUCAAUGGGUGGUGGUGCUGCACCUGGCAGUCAAAGUGUAGGUGACUUCAAUAAUGAUAGAAUUUUAGAUAUUGCUGUUGUUAACUAUGGAACGAGUACGAUUGUCAUCUUACAUGGUCUAGGGGAUGGAACAUUUCUUUUAGGUACUCCCUAUUCGACUGGCACGGGAGCUUAUCCGUAUUCGAUAGCAGCAGACAACUUUAAUCAAGAUGAUCAAUUAGAUUUUGUUGUAGUUAAUUUCAACACAAACAAUAUUGGUGUCUUUCUUGGAAAUGGUCAUGAACCAUUUGCAGGUAUGACGACAUAUUCUAUCGCUGAUGGAUCACAACCGAACUCUAUCGCUAUGGCCGAUUUCAAUCAUGAUGGUUGGUCUGAUAUUGUUGUCGCCAACUAUGGUGCUAAUAAUAUCGGCAUCUUAUUUGGACUUGGCAAUGCAAUGUUCAGUUCUAUGGUGACUUACUCAACGGGCAUUAAUUCUUCUCCCUAUUCGCUUGCUAUCGGUGACUUUAAUCAUGACAAUCAGUCAGAUAUUGUUGUCACUAAUUCUCAAACUGAUAAUAUCGCUAUUUUCUACGGUAGUACUAAUGGAUCAUUCACCUUCGCAGCAUUUUAUUCAACAGGUGCUCGCUCGCAACCGUACACAGUUACAGUUGGCGAUCUAAACAAUGAUAGUAAUCUGGAUGUGAUCAUCGCCAAUUCAGGAACUAGCAACAUCUUGGUACUGUAUGGAUAUGGCAAUGGAACAUUCGGAAACGAAGCUUCGCAUCCGCUGGGAUAUGAGAGUAUUCCAUACUCAGUUGCUGUGGCAGAUUUGAACCAGGACAAACAAUUAGAUAUGGUUAUUGCAUGUUAUGGUACGGACAAUAUUGAUACAUUGGUUAAAAUGUGUACUAAUUGA